AAGUUGCUAUCAAAUUUUGAAAAAUAAAUUUAACUUUUUAAAAAAAUAUUUAAAAAAAUAACUAUAGCCACAUAAGCAAAGCAAAAAAAAACAAAUUAUUUAAAAAAAGAAAAAGAAAAUUGUGUCUAUUCCUUAAAGGAAUUGAAAAUUGUGUUGUUGGAUUCUAAUAAAAAAAAAGAUUUUUUUUGCCUGCAUUUGGAUUCUUCUUUUCUUCUCUAACCCCAAAGCAGCAGCCACAAAACUGGAUUACAACAAUGUGGCUACUGGUUAAAAACCACACCUUUGCCAAGUCGGAUAUAUUUUGGAUAAAAUAUCUAACAUUAUUCCUUUUAAUAUUUUCCAUAUUACAAGGCAUUUCCGCAGCGGGUUCAUCGUGCUUGUCAGUGGGUUGCAAAAAUGGUGGUACAUGUAUAACAAAAACAAAUGGUGGCUCAUAUUGCAACUGCAGUUCAAAAUUUGUGGGAGAUUAUUGUGAAUUUCCCAAUCCCUGUCUUACCGGUCCCGGUCGCUGUCAAAAUGGUGGCACUUGUCAGGUGUCCUAUCGCAAUGAUCGUACAUUGGGCAUUUCCUGUGUUUGCCCCAUUGGUUAUACGGAAUCGUUGUGUGAAAUUAAAGUCCCUAAUGCCUGUGAUUCAUCGCCCUGUCAUCAUGGUGGCACUUGUAAUCUAAAAUCUUUGGAUGAAUAUACGUGUGCUUGUGUUAAUGGUUAUACAGGAAAACAUUGUGAAACGAAAAAUAUAUGUGCAACAUCACCCUGUCGCAAUGGUGGUACUUGCACCUCAGUUUCAGGCGGAACUAGCUACAAGUGUAUAUGUCCAACUGGAUUUAAGGGCAACACCUGUAUAGAUGAUGUCGAAGAAUGCAACAAUAAUCCCUGCAAACAUGGUGGCACAUGUUUAAAUACUCAUGGAUCCUAUCAAUGCAUGUGUCCGGCUGGUUAUACUGGUAAAAAUUGUGAAUCAAAAUAUGUACCAUGUUCACCGUCACCAUGUCAAAAUGGUGGCACAUGUCGAUCAACUGGUUUAACAUAUGAGUGCAAGUGUCCAGAAGGUUAUCAAGGUAAAAAUUGUGAACAAAAUAUUGAUGAUUGUCCUGGUCAUUUGUGUCAAAAUGGAGGUACAUGUAUUGAUGGCAUUAAUAGCUAUCACUGUGCCUGUCCCCCAAAUUAUACUGGCGAGAAUUGCGAAAAAGAUGUCGAUGAAUGUGCCAUAAGACCUUCUGUAUGUCAAAAUGGUGCUACUUGUACGAAUUCACAGGGAUCCUACUCCUGUAUCUGUGUUAACGGAUGGACUGGACCCGACUGUAGCGAAAACAUUGAUGAUUGUGUAGCAGCUGCCUGUUUUUAUGGAGCUACAUGUAUAGAUGGUGUGGGAUCAUUCUAUUGUCGUUGUACACCCGGAAAAACUGGUUUACUAUGUCAUUUAGAUGAUGCCUGUACUUCAAAUCCCUGCCAUGCCGAUGCUAUAUGUGAUACAAGUCCUAUUAAUGGUUCCUAUACUUGUUCCUGUGCUACCGGUUAUAAGGGUGUUGACUGCUCUGAAGAUAUAGACGAAUGUGAUCAGGGUUCUCCUUGUGAGCAUAAUGGUGUUUGUGUCAAUACACCCGGCUCGUUUAGAUGCAAUUGUUCGCAGGGUUUUACAGGUCCACGCUGUGAAACGAAUAUCAAUGAAUGUGAAUCGCAUCCGUGUCAAAAUGAAGGCAGCUGUUUGGAUGAUCCCGGCACCUUCCGUUGUGUCUGUAUGCCCGGCUUUACUGGUACCCAAUGUGAAAUAGAUAUUAAUGAAUGCCAAUCUAAUCCCUGUUUGAAUGGUGGUAUUUGUAAUGAUAUGAUUAAUGGUUUUAAAUGUUCGUGUGCUCUGGGCUUUACGGGUUCGCGUUGUCAAAUAAACAUCGAUGAUUGCCAGUCUCAGCCCUGCCGUAAUAAUGGCAUUUGCCGUGAUUCCAUAGCUGGUUAUACUUGUCAAUGUCCGCCCGGUUAUACUGGUCUGUCGUGUGAAAUAAAUAUCAAUGAUUGCGAUUCAAAUCCUUGUCACCGUGGUAAAUGUAUCGAUGGAGAUAACCGCUUUACUUGUGUCUGUGAUCCUGGUUUCACGGGUUAUUUGUGUCAAACCCAAAUAAAUGAAUGCGAGUCUAAUCCUUGUCAAUAUGGUGGUCAUUGUGUGGAUCGUGUUGGUUCCUAUAUGUGUCAUUGCUUGGCCGGAACUUCUGGUAAGGAUUGUGAGAUUAAUGUCAACGAAUGUCACAGCAAUCCUUGCAACAAUGGAGCAACUUGUAUUGAUGGCAUUAAUAAAUACACCUGUCAAUGUGUUCCCGGUUUUACCGGUGUGCACUGUGAGAUUAAUAUCAACGAAUGUGCCUCCAAUCCCUGUGCCAAUAAUGGUGUUUGUAUGGAUUUGGUUAAUGGCUAUAAAUGUGAGUGCCCUAGAGGUUUCUAUGAUCCACGUUGUCUUAGUGAUGUAGAUGAAUGUGCUUCGAAUCCCUGUAUAAAUGGCGGCAGAUGUGAGGAUGGUAUUAAUGAAUUUAUUUGCCAUUGUCCUCCCGGUUAUGGUGGCAAACGUUGUGAAAAUGAUAUUGAUGAGUGCUCCUCAAAUCCUUGCCAACAUGGUGGUUUCUGUGUUGAUGAACUGAAUGCCUUCAAGUGUCAAUGUAUGCCGGGUUAUACGGGCUUGAAAUGUGAAACCAAUAUUGAUGAUUGCAUUAAUAAUCCUUGCGCCAAUGGUGGUACUUGCAUUGAUAAGGUCAAUGGCUAUAAAUGUGUUUGUAAAGUUCCUUAUACUGGACAGGACUGUGAAUCAAAAUUGGAUCCUUGUGCUACAAAUCGAUGCCGUAAUGAUGCCAAAUGUACACCAUCACCAAACUUUUUGGAUUUCUCCUGCACCUGUAAAUUAGGCUAUACUGGACGUUAUUGUGAUGAAGAUAUAGAUGAAUGUAAACUUUCUACACCGUGCCGCAAUGGAGCCACUUGUCAUAAUGUUCCUGGUUCGUAUAGAUGUAUAUGUGCCAAGGGUUAUGAGGGCCAUGAUUGUGCCAUUAACACCGAUGACUGCGCCAUGUUCCCUUGCCAGAAUGGCGGCACUUGUUUGGAUGGUAUAGGCGAUUACACGUGCUUGUGUGUGGAUGGUUUUGAUGGUAAACACUGUGAAACUGAUAUCAAUGAGUGUUUAAGUAUGCCUUGCCAAAAUGGAGCCACGUGUCGACAGUAUGUUAACUCCUAUACUUGCACUUGUCCCUUGGGUUUUUCGGGCAUUAAUUGUCAAACCAAUGACGAGGAUUGUACGGAAAGUUCCUGUAUGAAUGGCGGCACUUGUAUUGACGGCAUUAAUAGCUAUAACUGUUCCUGUUUACCUGGCUAUACCGGCUCGAAUUGCCAGUACAAGAUUAAUAAAUGUGACUCCCAGCCUUGCCAAAAUGGCGCUACUUGUCAUGAGAAUGGAGAUGAAUACACUUGUCAUUGCUCGUAUGGUUAUACCGGCAAACAAUGUACCGAUUAUGUUGACUGGUGCACAAAAUCACCAUGUGAGAAUGGUGCCACAUGUACCCAAGUUAAAAAUCAAUUUAGCUGUCGUUGUGCUCCUGGUUGGACUGGUAAACUAUGUGAUGUAGAAAUGGUUUCUUGUAGUGAUGCGGCCAUACGUAAGGGAGUGUCUUUGGAACAGCUGUGUAACAAUGGUACUUGUAAGGAACAUGGUAAUAUCCAUAGAUGUUAUUGUAAACAGGGCUAUACGGGCAGUUAUUGUCAGCAGGAAAUCAAUGAAUGUGAAUCUCAACCUUGUCUUAAUAGUGGUACUUGUCGUGACUUAAUCGGUUCUUAUGCCUGUGUUUGUCGCAAAGGUUUCCAGGGGCAAAAUUGUGAAUUGAAUAUCGACGAUUGCUCUCCCAAUCCCUGUCAAAAUGGGGGUACUUGCCAUGAUUUGGUGAAUACCUUUAGCUGUUCAUGUCCUCCCGGCACGGCUGGUUUAAUCUGCGAAGUAAACGAAAACGAUUGCAAGCGUGGCUCCUGCCACAACAAUGGUACUUGUAUAGAUCGUGUAGGUGGCUUUGAAUGUGCCUGUCCUCCCGGCUUUGUAGGCUCUCGCUGCGAGGGUGAUAUCAAUGAAUGUCUCUCGAAUCCCUGUUCGAAUGCAGGUACCUUAGAUUGUGUACAAUUGGUUAAUAACUAUCACUGCAAUUGUAAGCCCGGCUAUAUGGGUAGACAUUGUGAAAAUAAGGUGGAUUUCUGUGCCAACUCGCCCUGUCAAAAUGGUGGUAUUUGUUCGCCCAAGCAGGGUGGUCACCACUGUCUAUGCACCGAAGGAUUUUAUGGUAAAAAUUGCGAAUUUUCGGGUCAUGAUUGCGAUUCAAAUCCUUGCCAAGCUGGUGCUUGUAUAAUAGAUGAUGGUGGUGGUUACCGAUGUGAAUGUCCGCGUGGUACAGAAGGUCGCCAUUGUGAACGUGAUACCAUGGAUGAAUGUACUCCAAAUCCCUGCCUACAAGGCGCUGCUUGUGACAAUCUUCUGGGCGACUUUGUUUGUCUUUGUCCCCGCAAAUGGUCGGGUAAACGUUGUGAAAGUUACGAUCCCAAUUACCCCGGCUGGGAAAAUGACCCUUCAAGAGGAGCUUCCGAAAAAUAUGCCAAGGAUUUGGAAUACCAAAGAGCCAUGUGUGUUAAAAGGGGAUGUGAGCAAAAGAAGGGCAAUCAUGUCUGUGAUCCAGAGUGCAACACCUAUGCCUGUAACUUUGAUGGUAAUGACUGUUCGCUGGGCAUUAAUCCUUGGGUGAAUUGUACUGCUCCCAUACAAUGUUGGCGUGUUUUUAUGGAUGGCAAAUGUAAUGAGGAUUGCAACAAUGCCGCUUGUCUGUUCGAUGGCAGAGAUUGUGAAAAGAAACUGCAACCAUGUAAUCCCGUCUAUGAUGCCUAUUGUCAAAAGCACUACGCCAAUGGUUUCUGUGAUUAUGGCUGCAACAAUGCCGAGUGCAACUGGGAUGGUUUGGAUUGCGAGAAUUCAGCCGAAGCUCCUAAUCUGGCAGAUGGGGCCAUUUCCGUUAUAGUGCUAAUGGAUUUGAAACAAUUCCGCGAACAGCAAGUAGUGUUCCUAAGAGAAAUGGGUCAUCAUUUGAGGACUACAGUUCGCAUUAAAAAAGAUUCCAUGGGUAAUGAUAUGAUUUUCUCUUGGAAGGGCACACAACCUAUCAAUGACAUACAAAAUACCGAAUUUGGUCGCAAAAAUAAAAUCUUAUUCUCGGAGCGUAUAGGCCAAACGGGUAUACAAGUUUAUCUGGAAAUAGAUAAUCGCAAAUGUACUGAAUGUUUCUAUAGCGCUUCGGAGGCGGCAGAGUUUUUGGCAGCCACUGCUUCAAAGUAUACAUUGUCAGCGAAAUUCCCCAUAUACAGUGUAAGAGGUGUCACAAAUCCCGGGGAGGAUGUUAUGGAUUCACCCACAAAUGUUAAAUAUGUCACCUUAGGUAUUAUACUCGUAGUGUUGGCUUUCGCCCUAUUUGGAGUGUUGGUAACGACACAACGUAAGAGAGCUGCUGGCAUAACAUGGUUCCCCGAAGGCUUCCGCACUCCAACCAUCAAUCCUCAACGUAGACGUCGUGAUCCUACCGGACAAGAAAUGAGAAAUCUCAACAAAAACCCCUCAAUGGCAUGUAUGAGUAAUGAUGUUAAUAUGAAUUCCGGACACAUGGGACAUGCCCCGCAAUGGUCAGAUGAUGAGUCAGAUGUACCGCAACCCAAACGUUUACGCAAUGAUCAUGGUGGUUAUGCCAGUGAUCAUACAAUGGUCACCGAUUACGAAGAAGCUGACAAUCGAGUAUGGUCUCAGGCCCACUUGGAUGUGGCCGAUGUAAGAUCCUCAAUUAUGACUCCACCGGCUCAUCAAGAUGGCAAACAUGAGGUCGAUGUUAGAGGCCCUUGUGGCAUGACUCCUCUAAUGGUAGCUGCAGUACGUGGUGGUGGAAUAGACACUGGUGAGGAUAUUGAACAAUCCGAAGAUGCUACUGCACAGGUUAUUUCUGAUCUCCUGGCUCAAGGAGCCGAACUUAAUGCCACAAUGGAUAAGACAGGAGAAACUUCAUUGCAUUUAGCGGCACGUUAUGCCAGAGCUGAUGCGGCCAAACGUUUGCUAGAUGCUGGUGCCGAUGCUAAUUGCCAAGAUAAUACCGGUCGUACUCCUUUGCAUGCAGCAGUAGCUGCCGAUGCCAUGGGUGUUUUCCAGAUACUUUUGCGUAACCGAGCCACUAACUUAAAUGCACGCAUGCAUGAUGGUACCACUCCCUUGAUCUUAGCUGCUAGAUUGGCAAUUGAAGGCAUGGUAGAGGACUUGAUCACAGCUGAUGCCGAUAUAAAUGCUGCUGAUAACUCGGGCAAAACGGCUCUUCACUGGGCUGCUGCUGUCAACAAUACCGAGGCUGUUAACAUAUUGCUGAUGCACCAUGCUAAUCGUGAUGCCCAAGAUGACAAAGACGAAACACCACUCUUUCUGGCAGCCCGCGAAGGUUCUUACGAAGCUUGCAAGGCCUUAUUGGAUAACUUUGCUAAUCGCGAAAUCACUGAUCACAUGGAUCGUUUGCCCCGUGAUGUGGCCUCAGAACGCCUGCACCAUGAUAUUGUACGCCUGCUCGAUGAACAUGUACCACGAUCACCUCAAAUGAUAGCUAUUGCACCACAAACUAUGAUUGCUUCACCACCACCGGGAAGUCAACCUCAAAUGAUAACACAACCCACGGUAAUAGCAUCUGGCAAACAACCCUCUAAAGCAGCACAAGCUAAGGCAGCAAAAAAAGCCAAACUCUUGGAAGGAAGUCCAGAUGGUCUACUCGACAACGGCGGCAGUUUGAGACGUAAGCCGAGUUCAAAAAAGGGUUUAGGACAGGCUUCAAAAAAGGGAAGCAGCAACAACAACAGCAACAGCCUUACGGCAUCACAGCUGCUGAAUGGCUUGGCUGGUGGCCAGACGGUGGUGCAAAACCCCGGCUCGGUGGAGAAUCAACAGCAGCAAUUGCUGGAUGCAGCACUCAAUUCAGUGGACUCACCACCACCCACGGCCCUAACAAGUCAACCGAGUCCCUACGAUACAACAUCGAUGUACUCGAACGCCAUGACGGGCGGUGGUCAGGGAAACCAACAUCACAACGAUCUGCUGGGGAACAACAAUGUAAAGCACCCGCCGAGCUAUGAGGAUUGCGUUAAGAACGCUCAGUCCAUGCAGUCGCUGGUGCCGCAACAAAGCCACGAUAUGAUAAAAAUGGAAAAUUAUGGUUAUUCCAUGGGUUCGCCCUUUCAUCAGGAACUGAUGAAUGGCAAUCAGAAUGGUAACAAUGGUUUAAACGGCAACAAUAUGAUGGGUGGCCAUGAGCAAGGUCUCAGUCCACCCUAUUCCAAUCAAUCGCCACCACAUUCCGUACAAUCGAAUAUGGCAUUAUCACCUCAUGCUUAUUUGGGUUCUCCCUCUCCUGCCAAGUCACGGCCCAGUUUGCCCACAUCACCUACACAUAUGCAGGCCAUGAGACAUGCCACGCAUCAAAAGCAAUUCUGUGGCAAUAACUUGAAUACAUUGUUGGGUGGAAGCGGUGCUUCUGCGCUACAAUCACAAAACUCACCCAACAGCAUGAAUUUCCAAACUCCUAGCAGUCAAAAUUCACCAGUUAGUUUGGGCAUUAUUUCGCCCACUGGUAGUGAUAUGGGCAUUAUGAUGGCCGCCAAUCAACAGCAGCAGCAACAGCAACAGUUGCAACAGCAGCAACAACAACAACAGCAGCAGCAACAAAACAAGAAUAGUGCAAUAAUGCAAUCAAUGCAGCAACAACAACAACAGCAAAUGGGUGGUAAUAAUAAUGGAGGUCCGGGAAUGGAUUUCAGUUCAGCAGGCUUGGACUUGAAUAGUUUUUGUGGAUCACCGGACUCAUUUCACUCGGGUCAAAUGAAUCCCCCCUCCAUACAAAGUUCAAUGUCAGCCUCAUCGCCCUCGACCGCCAACAUGUUAUCACCAUCAUCACAACACAAUCAGGCCUUUUAUCAGUACCUGACACCACCCAGCCAACACUCGGGCAGCCACACACCACAACACAUGGUCCAAACUCUAGACAGUUAUCCCACACCAUCACCCGAAUCGCCCGGCCACUGGUCAAGUUCAUCGCCCCGAUCCGACUGGUCAGAAGGUGUACAAUCGCCGGCUGCCAAUAAUCUCUAUAUUUCAGGUGGUCAUCAGGCCAACAAGGGUUCAGAGGCGAUUUACAUUUGACAAUGAAUGAAAAAAGAGAGUUAAAACGAAAAGCUCUCUGUGUAGUUAAGAGAAUUAUGAAGCAUCAUGUUUUAUUGAUGCUUUAAAAAUGCUAAAUGCAAAGAGACUUAUAUAAAUAUACAUAAUAAUAUAUUAUUAAUAUUUAGGUGAAUAUUUAACGAAAACAACAACAAAAGCCCAACAAAUAAAACGAAAUUUUAAACUGUGCUUAGUUUGUAAGUGAAACAAAACAAAACAAAAAAAAAAGAGAACACUUGUGUCUGUUUUAAAAACAGACUCAAGGGCUGCUAAGUUAAAAAAAGCCAUAUUUUUAAGCUUAACACAUAAAUGCAUACGAAACAAUCAAAUAAGAUUGUAUUAGAUGAAAAAUAAAGGAAGUAAGAUCAUUAACAAAAAUACGAUUUGUAUAAAAGUAUAAAUUAUAAAAUCAGCUUAAAGAAAUGAAACUCAUUUUGAGAAUCUCCAAACACCCCCCCAAAAAGAAAAAAAAAAGAAACAGAACAGAAUAUGAAAUAUGAAAAUCUCUUAUUUAAAAAUAUAACAAGAAUUCUUUUUAAUUUAAAUAGUAGAUUUUUAGUAUUUAAAGCAUUUUUUUCUCAUUUAUGUAAUGUAUAAACUUUAAAUUAGGCUCUUAAGGGAAGGCAAAAUAAGGACAUAUUAGGAAAUUUAAGCAAUUUUAUUUGACAUUAAUUGUAAAGCAUUAGGGAUGACAAGCAAAAUUCAAACUUAACUGACUUAUUCACAAACAUUUAUAGAAGGUUUAUAGAACAAAUUCUGUAUGAAAAUUUUAUUUAUAAACCUUUGAUAAAACUUUAUGAAUAAGACCCUAAAUGUUUAGCAAUAGCUUUAAAAGCGUAAUGUUUUCUUUGGGCCAAUCACUCUUAGCUUUUUACUCAUGAUCUCGAGUAAUUUCGCUUUAAUAUUAACUGUUCUUUUUAUGCCGAUCACUGUUAGAGAGAUUGACAAAGCUUUUUUGCUGUAUUUUUGUAACAAAUUUGUGAUGCCUUGCUAAUAUUUCGCUUUAAUCUUUUUGGA